AUGGAAGAUAUCAAAAAGAGGUGGUUUGAGAAGAUCACUAAGAAAACUAACCUUGGUCUCAACAAAUUUCGAGAGAAAAUGAAACUCUUGGAAGGAAAAACUCGCAAAUGCUAUGAACUACCUCUUCCUCCUGGCCUGGAAGCUAAAGAAAAUUUUGUAGAAAUGAUGGUGUAUGAUGGAUGCUUUGUUGUUCAGCUAAUUCGGAAGGGUCAUCUAUGUGAUUUUUGGAAACUGGGACUACAUGUUUCAUGUGACAUGCGGGACGAUUUGUUAUUGCUAGAAAACCAGCUUCCUUUCUUUGUGCUUUUGAAGUUGUAUGGCAUGAUAGAACCAAAUCCUGGACCUCCAAGACAUUUUUAUAAGUUACUUACAUCUGCUCUUGUUUUUCUCCGCAGAGAUCCCCCCUAUGUACCUAGAAAUACUGCUAGUAUCAGGCAUCUUCUAGGCUUGGUACAUGCUACUUUCCAUCCUUCACUUCUAGGAACCCAAGCAGAAAUAGCAAGAAGAGAAGAGAAUUUCCAAAUCUCACGGGACACGACGCCUAGCGCAACAGAGCUGGAAGAUGCGGGAAUCCAUUUCUCAGGUGUCCCUAUCCAAAAUAUGCAAAACCAGAAGCAAGGGAAAGGGAACAUGUUUGACAUAACAUUUGACAAUAACACCAAAGAACUCAAGAUUCCAAUCUUAAAAGUCGAUGAUUCCACAGAGCGUAUGUUCCGAAAUUAUAUGGCCUACGAUUUACGAACAAUUAUUCGCAUGGGAGGAAACGAUGAAGCAGUUACCGAAAUGUUUAACAAAUUGGGGGAUUCCGUUUAUUACAGCCCAGAAGACUUCUACUAUAAGGACAUAGCUAAUCAGGUGAACAAGCAUUGCAAGAGAAACUGGAACAUAUGGAAGGCAAAAUUGAAGAAAGAUUAUUUUAACACUCCGUGGUCGCCCAUAUCAUUUCUUGCUGCGCUUGUCUUGCUCCUGCUUACUGUACUACAAACUAUAUUUUCUGUUCUUUCUUAUUAUCACCAGAGGCAGUAA